CCUGGGAGUUUCAGCUCAGGGCAAAAUUAACACCACCACUAGGAGCAUAGACCAGUAGGGUAAGAGAGCAGCAAACUGGUACAGUGGAGUAAAUCAGUUCAGUGUUGAUGGUUCACUUAAAGCUGGCAGUCUGGAUGAUACAGAUCCGCCACCGAGAGGAAUCAUGUUUGAAAACUUCAGAGAAAGACUUCACAUGGUCCAGCAGGACUUCACAACCGGUUUAAAGACCCUUGGAGACAAAUCAAGAGACACCAAAAUCAAGAGGAGACCCAGGUUUGAAGAGAGUCUUCCUCAUUUCAGUGCUGGACUGGAAAUCCUCAGCAGGUAUGAGGAGAACUGGUUCCUGCUCCAUAAAAGAACUAAAGACUGUGCUCAGGCUGCAGAGGCAGUAGAUGGAGACAUAGUGAUGCUGUCUGCGCACUGGGAGAGAAGAAGAACAGCUCUGACACAGUUACAGGAACAGCUGCAGAGCUUGCCGGCCUUCAUCAGUGAGCUGGAUGCCAUCACUGCCAACAUAGCUCAUUUGGAGGGUGACUUUGAGGAGAUGGAGAGCAGGCUGGUGUACCUGGAGACUCUGUGCUGUCAGUGUGAACAACAGACGGUCAAACAGCAUCAUAUCAACCAGCUGGAGGCUUAUAAGAAGAAGAAGAGGAGGGAGUUGGAGGCGCUGGAAGUGGAGUUGAACUCUGAGCAUGCUCAGAAGGUGGCAGAGCAGGAGCAGGCCCAGCAGCAAAAACUGAGAGAACGACAGAAAGUCUACGAAGAAGCCUUUCACCAGGACGUGGAGCAGUACCUGUCCACUGGAUACCUACAGCACAGAGAGCCUACAGGAGCUGAUGUGAGUGUCCUGGAUCAGAUGACGGUGACUAACAUCUCAGACGAGGAGGCUUUGGAUGACUUCCUGAACUCGACUGGUGAUGACAUCAGUCAUGGAUCAUCACUGACCUCAGGUCCAGACCUCGAGUCCUGCUCUUCUGAAUCUUCAAGAAGCCAAACGAACCAAGCCCCUCCCACAAACGACCAGCCAUCCAACCAGGGCGCAGUGUGGGGGCGAGAAGAGGAAGGGGGCAGUGAGGAGAGUGAUGAACCUCUGGUGCAGUCAGACGAGGAGGACAUUCAGCCGGACAUGUCUCUGGUUGGCCUGCAGGAUGUUUGUGCAGCAAAGGGCUCUGAUGACAGUGACUCUGUAGGAGACCUGCCCUCUGGGUAACCUAGCAACCAGACUCUCGACACUCCUCGAAUACUGGAACACUAACUAAGGCUACCCCCCCUCAGAAAUCCCCUUCUGUCCUCUGCUCUGGCUGGACGCGGCGCUCACUCUCUCAGCUCCAGCUUCACUGCUCCUCUCCUCUGAGGUCUGAGGUGGGAUCUGAUCUGUGCAGACAGGAAAACAGGCUUUAACACAAACACUGAUGUUCACAUGGUGGGACACUGCUGGUGUGAGAAAGUGUGGUCAGAGUCAGUGAUGCUAACUCACUGAGAGCCACGCUUUACUCAUAUAAAACCGAUAAAUCAAUGACAAAAUAAAGACAAAUCAAUAAUAAACAAUAAACACAGUGAGUUCUUCAGUCGGGAUGUGAUAGUUACCACAGAGUCUGAGGUUGUUUCAGUUCACGAGCUGCUGUAACUUCACAUCUUUUUAGGGGUUAAUUGAUCUGUAAUAAAUUCAUUAUAUAGGAAGUUAUCUUAUUUAAUUAGAGACUGUUAAACUCCUCAGACUUAGAUUUAUUGUAGCUUGUAUUUCCCUUCAUGCCGCUAAUGAGCAAACAGCAGCUAAUGUCUGUUAUAAUACUGCUCUAGUGACGGAGCCCAUACUAUCGAUGCAGCAGCUAGUGAUGCAGAUGCAGAACUGUUGUAGUGAUCAGCCUCAAACUGAACACGGCACCAACUGCUGUUCGGUUCUGCUUUAAAUCUCUAUAAGAACUAUGGAGCAGCCAGUUCCCUUUAUUGCUCUUCUCCAAACUGUCAGCCAUCUCUUCUUAAAGGAUGAAGCUGGUGAUUUUCUGUUUUUCUUAUUGUCAACAAAUCCCAUGAAAACCAACAAUGAACAGAUCCUAUUCACAAGUUGUGUCUGUUUAUGUAAAGCUGGAUACGUCUCACUCUUGAGAGGAGGACGUACAAGAGCUGAUUUUAGUUUGAGUGACAGAUCUUUAAGUCUUAAGGCUCUUCAGGUGCCAAAACACAGCUCUGCUGACACAGGACUUUAUCACUCUGGAACAUUACCAUGGUGAUAGUCAUGUUUUCUUCUAUUGUGACGAUUGACAGGUGAACAGCAGAGUACCUCGUUCACCUUAUAAUUUGCCACAGAUUGUGUAGGCAAGUCAAAGUAAUGAAAGAUGGAAAAAAGCAUUGUUGGUUUUAGUCUUAAAAUUGAACUUGUUGACAAUAAGAAAAAUAGGAAAUAACACCAGACUUCUCCUUUAACACUUGGGUUAACUGUGUUUUGUUUGAAUUUGAUGAUCAGUGCAAAGCCUUUGUCUGACAAUCAGAUAAAUAAUCUGUUUUUAUAUCCUCACUGUGAAAUAAAAACAUCAGUCUGUAUAUCA